GAAAAAUAUAUCGAGGAAGGUGUCAUAUCUCAUGGAAUCCGAAUCUGCCAAUAAUAUGAGAGCCACUAGCAAUUAUUCUGAAUCUCCCCAAAGGGAAGAAUCAAAAGUUGUUCUCUCUUGUUCUGUCUUUGUUCUUUGUUAGAGUUAGAACAGAAGCUUCCAAAAGGUAAUAAUAAUCUCUUUCAAGAAACUCAUUAUUAGUCAAAGAUGUUUACUUUUUAGUACUCUCUCUGUUCUUCAUUGCUUCUCUAGAAACCCAAUAGAUUUUGACUCUUGCCUUGCCUUUGCGGUUGUCUAAAGAUCACAAUCCUCAAUUUGAGUUUGAUCGAUCAUUAAUGUGUGUCGAAGAUCAGAUAACCAAAAGAAUCUUGUUUGGUGCAGAGUUUUUUUCAUGAUUUUUAUAAGUAUAUAAAAGAGAGAUAGAAAGAUGUAUAUGAUAGAGAGCAAAGGAGGAGCAAUUGCAUGUAUGCUCUUGGCUCUUCUCUUCUUAGGGACAUGGCCAGCAAUCAUGACUCUAACCGAAAGACGCGGUCGACUUCCUCAACACACUUAUCUUGACUACACACUCACAAAUCUGUUAGCUGCAGUGAUCAUAGCGUUGACACUAGGAGAAAUAGGUCCGAGCAGACCAAAUUUCUUUACACAGCUCUCUCAAGAUAAUUGGCAGUCAGUGAUGUUUGCAAUGGCUGGAGGAAUAGUUCUUAGCCUUGGAAACUUAGCAACACAAUAUGCUUGGGCUUAUGUUGGUUUAUCAGUUACUGAAGUCAUCACAGCUAGUAUCACUGUUGUUAUCGGCACAACUUUGAACUAUUUCUUGGAUGAUAGAAUCAACAGAGCUGAGGUCCUUUUCCCGGGGGUCGCUUGUUUCUUGAUCGCUGUUUGUUUCGGUUCCGCUGUUCAUAAAUCCAAUGCUGCUGAUAACAAAACCAAACUCCAAAAUUUCAAAAGUUUAGAGACUACUUCUUCCUUCGAAAUGGAAACAAUUUCUGCAAGCAACGGGUUAACAAAAGGGAAAGCGAAAGAAGGGACUGCAGCUUUUCUCAUAGAGCUUGAGAAGCAAAGAGCUAUAAAGGUCUUUGGCAAAAGCACAAUAAUCGGAUUGGUGAUAACUUUCUUUGCCGGUAUCUGCUUUUCUCUGUUCUCACCUGCAUUCAACUUAGCAACAAACGAUCAAUGGCACACAUUAAAACAUGGAGUUCCAAAACUAAAUGUGUACACUGCCUUCUUCUACUUCUCCAUCUCUGCAUUUGUAGUUGCUCUGAUACUUAACAUCAGAUUUCUCUAUUGGCCUAUACUUGGUCUCCCAAGAUCUUCUUUCAAGGCUUAUUUGAAUGACUGGAACGGUCGAGGCUGGUCUUUCUUGGCUGGAUUUCUAUGUGGAUUUGGCAAUGGUCUUCAGUUCAUGGGUGGUCAAGCCGCAGGCUAUGCAGCUGCAGACGCUGUUCAGGCACUUCCACUUGUGAGUACAUUUUGGGGGAUAUUGUUGUUUGGAGAAUAUAGAAGAUCAUCAAGAAAAACAUAUACACUUCUCAUCAGUAUGCUUCUUAUGUUCAUAGUCGCUGUCGCGGUUCUUAUGGCUUCCUCGGGACAUAGAAAAUGAAAUUCACUGAAACUUCUUCAAGUUAAACUGCUAAAAGGAUCCAUUGAAGGAAGAGUUACUUCACCAAUGGCUGCAACAUGUUCAAGUCUUUGUUUAUAUUUAACCAAAGUGUUUUCUUUGUUGGUUUCUGUCUUAGGGCUUUGCUAACAACAAUUGGUUGUAUUGUCUUUGUUUACACAUCAGAGAAAGAAAACUAUAGUUUAUGGCAACUUGAGAUUUAUUUAUUUUAUAGAAAAUGGGAAACUAACUUCUUCCUGAAUCUGGA